AAGAAGACUAAAAGCAGAACAUUUUAAAAAUGCUUUAAUUUUUCAAAUGGGACAAAGUUCCAUUGUUCAGUAGCAAUGAGAACUUGCUACCAAAUCAUUAUGACACUGACUUUAGAGUCUGGUGACAUCACCAUUAAUAGAAGACUCAAACAGCAGGAGAAUAGUAUGCAAUAUAUGAUUUUUGCAAAGAUCCAAAAAAUGUAAUGCUUGAGAAAUGCCUGUCCUAGCACUUCUCUUUACAUCACCAAACUAAAGUAGAGACAGGGUUUCACCUUGUUGACCAGGAUGGUCUCGAUCUCUUGACCUCGUGAUCCACCUGCCUUGGCCUCCCAAAGUCCUGGGAUUAUAGGUGUGAGCCACCGCGCCCGGCCUCCAAAAUUUCAUUUCAACAGGAGAGAAUGCUGUCUAAAAGAAAAGUAUUGCUAAUGAUUUUGUUUGCUUUAUCACUGACAUUGAUUGAGCAUCAUUUCAGAAUAAAGAAUCGCUUGCAGAAGAUAUAUGUCUGCUGGAAUGAUCAAGUAGAAGUACCUCCACUUUCAAGUUGGUUUAAUUCUAAAAAACGACCGGAUGUUGUAACAAGAACUGACUGGCUUGCUCCGGUCAUAUGGGAAGGAACUUACAACAGACAAGUGUUGGAAAGAUAUUACAAGAAGCUGAACAUUACCAUAGGAUUGACUGUAUUUGCUGCUGGGAAAUUUAGAAAUCAGUACCUGAAAGAGUUCAUACAAUCUGCUAAUAAGUACUUUAUGACUGGCUACAAGGUUAUCUUUUACAUCUUGGUGGAUGGCAUCAACAAGCUACCUCGAAUAGAGUUAGGUCCCCUUCGAACAUGCAAAAUAUUUACUGUAGUUAAAGACCAUGAAUGGCAAGACUUUAAUUUCAUAUACAUGAAUAACUUAAAUGGGUAUAUCACAGAUUACAUCCAGCAUGAAGUCAACUUUCUCUUCACUAUGUCUGUAAACCAGAUCUUCAAGAAUGACUUUGGAGUAGAAACCCUGGGCACAUCUGUAGCUCAGCUCCAUGCAUGGUGGUAUUUUAAAAAUGCUAAAGAUUUCCCUUAUGAGAGAAGACCUAACUCAGCAGCUUCCAUCCCCUUUGGACAAGGAGAUUUCUAUUACCAUAGUGCAAUUUUUGGUGGCACGCCCCAUGAGGUUGUAACCUUCAUUAAAGAAUAUCAGAAAGGAAUGGUUCAGGAUACCACAAAUAAACUUAAUAGCCUAUUUGAAAGCUACCUAAACAAAUAUUUUUUUUUUAAGAAACCUACUAAGCUGUUAUCACCAGAAUAUAAUUGGGAUCCAAAGUUUAGAACCCCUCCACAAAUUAAAAAGGUUAAGAUAGCAUUGCAGUCAGAAAGGUGAUGGUUAUACUAUUAGAUUUAUGGAUUAACAAGGGAAUCACAAUAAUUUCUCAAGUUAAAAUUCAUGAAAGUUUUUAGCUUUUUAGAAACUUAUAAAAAUGUACAAUCUUCCAAAAUAAAUUGUUUCUCUUUGCAAUUUUGAACUAAUUCUAUGCUGAAUGAA